AUAGACCCUGACGCGCCACGUUGUAAAAUCCGAAGUAUACUAUACUAUAUUCUCUUUGCCUUAAUAUCGAGAUGACACACUUAGAAUUUGGUGAAAUACUACAGUGAAUAAAGUGAGAGACAAAUUUGUACCACCAACCUCCAGAACGGGACAACGUUAGUCGGCUCUCACCUUGGACGAGAAGUCUUGGGACGCUUGGUUGCUUCCGGUUCGACGUUGCCUUCGUUGUGAAGAGAAAUUUAAUUCAUAACGUGUUGUGUAAAAUGAUGGAUUUAUGAAAAAUGAUUUGACUUGAGACUUGUUUACUUUAGUGUUCUUUUGGUAUGGCUGCAACUGCUAAUUUUUCAUCUAUGAAUGGAACAGUGUCUGCGCCUACUCCUCAACCUCCACCGCCUCCUCCUGGGACUACUGACCCAGAACCUCCAGUGUCUCCUGCACAGGAAAAUAAUGAACCACCUGUGAAGAAGGUUAAGGUGGAAGGAGAUGGUGGAUCUGCCCCUACUGACUAUUUACCAGGUCCUAUUUACAACCUGGUUCAAAAUGGUGCCCUUGUGGCAGGUCCUGGAGCUAGAAAUACAUCUAUUCCAGGCUUGCUGGGUGCAGGUCUUCCAAAACUCUCAUCUGAUCAACAAGAUGCAGUUACUAGAGCCAAGAAAUAUGCAAUGGAACAGAGCAUUAAGAUGGUCCUGAUGAAGCAGACAUUGGCUCACCAGCAGCUGCAAGCUAAAUCCUUCCAGCGGCAUCAAGCAUUAGCCCUUAUGUGCAGGUGGCUGCUCAAGUGGGGGUCUACUCAGCAAAUGGCUAGUCAGAGGAGUCAGGUUCAGAGGCAACAGGCCCUCGCGCUCAUGUGCAGGUUAGCAGACAUGGCAUCCCUGUUUUCAGUGCGCCACAGUGUAGCCCCUUCUAAGGAAUUAUUAAGUCAUCUUGGACCAUUUGCUAACGAUGGGGUGUACGUGGGAAGUAUUAGUUUUGAGCUGAAAGAAGAUACUAUACGGCAAGCCUUUCUUCCUUUUGGACCCAUUAAAUCCAUUAAUAUGUCGUGGGAUCCAGUUACACAAAAGCAUAAAGGAUUUGCUUUUGUGGAGUAUGACAUUCCUGAAGCAGCUCAGUUAUCCCUGGAACAAAUGAAUGGUGUGAUGAUCGGUGGGCGGAACAUCAAGGUGGGACGGCCCAGUAACAUGCCUCAGGCACAGUCUGUGAUUGAUGAAAUAACAGAAGAAGCGAAGCAAUACAAUCGUAUUUAUGUGGCAUCAAUUCACCCUGAUUUGACGGAAGACGACAUAAAGAGCGUCUUUGAAGCAUUUGGACCCAUAAAAUAUUGCAAAUUAGCUCCAGGAAGCACCCCUAAUAGACACAAAGGAUAUGGUUUCAUUGAAUAUGAAACACAACAAGCAGCUAUGGAAGCAAUUGCAUCUAUGAACUUAUUUGAUCUAGGCGGACAAUACUUGCGUGUGGGACGAGCAAUUACACCACCUAAUGCUCUCCAAGCCAGCAAAGUUAGUAAGGGUCCAUCAGGCUCCUCAAGUAUGAUGCCUACAGCAGCUGCUGUGGCUGCAGCUGCUGCAACUGCCAAAAUUCAAGCAAUGGAUGCAGUAGCAAGUAAUGCAGUUGCAUUAGGUCUUUCAAAAUUAGGUUCUGCUGUUGGUGCACCUUCAUUACCAAUGCUACCAUCAGUUCCUACAAUUCCUGCUGCCAUGCCAACGUUGCCCAUGCAAUCAAUGCCUGGUGUACCUGGAAUGCAAGCUAUUCCUCCUGUCGGCCUAGCUACACCUGGUGUACUUCCUAAUCCUGGUAUGCCAGGUCAGGCUCUAAUUCCACCACCUGGAUUGGCUAUACCUCAGUUCCGAGCUCCAGCAAUGAAUGCUCCAGUUACAACAAUAGGUGGUCAGCCGGUAGCAGUUCUUCCACCACCUGUUGUGUUAACGCCUACAUUAGCAAGUCAGCCUCCAUCAUCUCAACAAGCUAAUCCUCAAGAUGCAAUAAGAAGGGCUCAGGAACAAGCUCAGCAAAAGCAACAAGAAGAGCUUCAAAAGAAACUUUUGGAAGAAACUGAACCACAAACUUUACAGCAGCAGGAAAAUAUGUCUAUUAAAGGACAAAGUGCAAGGCACCUUGUAAUGCAAAAAUUGAUGCGCAAAGUUGAAAGUCGAGUGGUUAUUCUCAGGAACAUGGUAGAACCUGAAGAUGUUGAUGAAACAUUACAAGAGGAGAUACAAGAUGAAUGUAGCAAGUAUGGAUCUGUUGAGAGAGUUAUAAUUUACAAUGAGAAACAAUCUGAAGAGGAAGAUGAUGAUGCAGAGGUUAUUGUCAAAAUAUUUGUAGAAUUUUCACAAAUGAGUGAGGCAGAAAGUGCUCGGGAUGCUUUGAAUGGAAGAUAUUUUGGCGGACGAUUAGUGAAGGGUGAACUGUACGAUCAGGCAUUGUUUGAUCAUAAUGAUUUCUCGGGUUAAAUUACCUUAUUGCAGCAGAGUUUCUCCUAUGGAAGAAGCUGCUGGUCCACUUGCCUUGAUCUGCAUUUGAGGCUUCUAUUGUUGCUAUUGAUUCUCACUAAUGCUGAAAUACAAUCAUGAAAUUGGGAAGAUAAGUGAUGACUUCAUUUGCUCUUAUGAGGUUGUAUAUAUAAAUAAUGUAAUUUUAACUGUACAGUAAUUAUCCACUGAGUCAUCUAGGGUUAAUUUCCUUUAUCUGUAGACUGACACCAACAAAGUUGAGUAAAUUUUUACAUUACAUUUGGGUAGGCAGUUCUACUAAAAGAUGUGAAAACUAUAAUUUUUAUGUUGGCCAUGAUGUGAAUAAAAUAAAUGGAUCAUCAGAUACAAUUGUUAAGAAGAUUGUUACGAAAUUGGUCAUAGAAGUACAAUGAACUUCUGUCUUGGAUUUACAAAUAUAAUGCACAUGACAUGCAGUUCCUAUUAGUUUUUUCUUCCUUGUAAUUUAUUACAUUGUUACAAACCAUCAUCCUAUCAAUGUUGUGUAAUCCUAAUCUACUUAAGAUAUCCUAUGCCAUUUUUUUAAACAGGUAAUAAAACAACGAAAUCUGGGCCCUGAGGGGAAAAAAACGUUCUGUAACUUAGUACAAAAUUGUACAAUUGAUAGUAGUAAAAUGUAAUCUAUCUUUAAAUGCUUAACACUGAAGACAAAUAAACUGGAUUUUAUGACAAUAGUAUGCUUCAUAUUCAUAGACAAUGCCUAGUUUUCAUCAUGAUGAAAAUAUUAGAAUUGUAAUUCUUGAUUUGUUUUCAAAUUAAUUUAAGUAGGUUAAUAAACAUGGAAAAAUUUCUGCACGAAGGAUGAAAUUAGUUAUUGGUGAAUAUUUCAGAAUCUUUUUUUAUUUUUCUAUACAUACACUAAUGAAUUUGAUUAUGGUAAGUUUUGGGACCCUAUUCUAGGAUAAUUUGAAAUUAUUAUGAUUGCUGUGGUUUGCUAGGUUCACUACUGUACUCUUUAUAUGUUGGGAAAGACUCCAGGCCUUUCUUCUCUCUCUCCAAAAGACCAUGAAGUUCAUGUUGAUUCUUUCUUUCUAACUCUGCAGCAUUAGCCUUCUUUAAGUUCAUUAUAGCUACAUUUUUCAUUAUUUCUUCUUCUAAUGGAGGUGUAUCCCGUCUUCCUCUCAGCCAAGAUUCCCAUUCUGCUGGCAUUUCCUGCUCAAAAUUAUCUUUUUCAUGGGGUUCAAACCACCUUGAUGGCUUCCGUUUACCAAUACUGGGAUUUGCUGGUAUUUCAUAAUAUUUAUUUCCAAAAUAGUCUGUUCCAAUCAAAUCGCCUUGAAUUUGCCUCGGUUUUAAUGAUUUUAUGAAGUUCUUGAGAAUCAUGCCGAGGAUACUUCUUCCAUUCUGUGCCAUGACACUAGCUACAUGUCCUGAAGUCCACCUGAAUUUUGGGCACGAUGUUUCUCCAAUGUACACAGCUAAUGUACGUUUUGAACUGUUGGAUUCAGUUUCCCGUGAUUUAUACUUCGAUGUAUUUGUAGUGGCGCUUGACGUAAAGCAGCUGUUGACGAUGUCCAAUUGGAUCACACAAACUCUGCAAGUUAUAUGCCACUACAAAUAAAUCAAAGUGGUGGAUCAUUUAAGGUAACGUGGUCGGAAAAAGAUACACCCAUCCAAUCGGAAGCUUCAUUACUUUAAUUUUUGGUAUUUGAGUUUCCGAUUCCAUAAGUGUUUCCCCUCUCCUUUCGGCUUGUGACCCUGAG